UCCAUCUCGGGAGCAGACGGCUGUCAGCGCUUUCUACAAAAAUAUUGCCUUUAACACAAGACAGUUUACAGAAGCUACUGUUCAUUUCUGUGAGGUUAUGGGCAAGACACCGCUGUGAGGAGGCGCCGAGCAGUUCUACUUGUCAUUUUAUCCACGGAAAUAAUGAUGAAGAAGGAUAUUAAUUUGAGCCUGGGGGACGAGGCAGACCUCAAACCGCAUCUCCGCGACGCCGAGAACAUCCUCAGCUCCCCGGACCUGGGGCUGCUCAAACUGGCCUCCCCGGAGCUGGAGAGGCUCAUCAUCCAGUCCAACGGCAUGGUCACCACGACACCGACCAGCUCCCAGUUCCUCUACCCGAAGACGGUGACAGACGAGCAGGAGUUUGCCGAGGGCUUCGUGAAGGCUUUGGAGGACUUACAUAAGCAGAACCAGCUGAACGGAGCCGGGCAGACGAACAGCAGCCUGGACCUGGGCGCUAACAUCGCCCCGGUCACCGUUCAGCCGGAUCUACCGGUGUACACCAAUCUGAACAGUUAUGGCAGCGGGCCGCUGGAGACCACUGUCAACUACUCCACAGACACAGUCCCUUUCCCGCCUCCUCCUCCGUCGCAUCAUUUGGGGGCAGCCCCGCCGCAGCCCGAGCUGUCUCGGGUCCAGCCGCUGAAGGAGGAGCCUCAGACGGUCCCCGAUGUCCAGAGCUUCGGGGAGAGCCCACCGCUGUCUCCCAUCGACAUUGACUCACAGGAGCGCAUGAAGGCCGAGAGGAAGAGGCUCAGAAACCGGAUUGCAGCCUCCAAGUGUCGGAUGCGCAAGCUGGAGCGGAUCUCCCGGCUGGAGGACAAGGUCAAAUCGCUGAAAAGCCACAACACGGAUCUGGCCUCCACGGCCAGCCUGCUGAGAGAUCAAGUGGCCCAGCUGAAACAGAAAGUCCUCACCCAUGUCAACAGCGGCUGCCAGCUGCUGCCACACGAAGUUCAAGUACACUAGUGGACUGGACAGACUGGGCUACUGACCAGCAUAUAAGCUUCAUGGACUUUGUUAAUGUUGGUUUUUCUGUUUGUAGCGUAGCCCAGAUGUGUGCUGUCCUUAAGUGGAGUGAAUGCCAGGCUAUGUAGGCCAAAUUGUACAUCAAUAUUUGGUUGUUUAAAUGGCUUUGAGCAUCAGCAAAAUGUAAAAAUAAAUGGUAGAACACAAUUCAAGACAGUGGAUGAUGAGACUCUUUCACUUAAUAGAUUAUUUGGCCAUUUUAUUCCUGAAUUAAUGUACAGGAUCCACAUUGCUCCACAGUCGCCUCCACCUAAUAGAGAGCAAACCCUGGGAAUCAUCAUAGAAUUUGUAAACAAAUGAUCACUAAUUGGUUUAUAAAUUUACCUGUAAUGUGUCCAGUGCAUUCAGACCUGUUCUACCUCCUAUGUGUUAACGGGGAACAAAGCAACAGUAAAUUGAAGCUUUUUUCAGAAACAGGAAGUACAUGCUCAACUUCAUGAAUGACAGAAUGCACAUAUCCAGAUUUUUUUUCUUGUAAAAAUGUUUACAGACUGGCUUUAACUAUAUACAGUCUCAAAAUGGACCAAACAUAUUUACAAUAUUUCUACAGUAAUAUGAAAACAAUAUUUAUGACAGAUAUCCUUAAUGUAUCACAUAUUGGCUGCAAGAGAAUAACGCACAUACACCCACAUUUGAUUUGUAAGAGAUAAUAUAGACCAUUUAUUUCUGUAGGGAACAAUUUGCAUGUUGUUUACAUACUCGAAUGUUGCCCACAGCUGGGUGUCAAAGGGUGCAAUUAAUCAGUGUUUAUAAUCUUUACUCUUUACAAAUACAUGUAUUUAUCUAUUUUUUACUCAACUGUGUCCCUAUUUCAUUGUGUUCUUGUUUUGAUGUGAAGAGUCGUGACCUUUUUGUUGCACUGACUGUGCAAGACCUCUGGCCUACAGUUGUUUGGCUGUAUGAUGCUGUGUUCUGAAUUAAAUGCUGCUCGGCAAUAAAAACUGUUUCCUCCA